AUGCCUCAGCCCAAGGCCUCAUCCGAAAGUGCUUCGGGUUCCAGAAGCCGCUCGGCUUGCUAUGCUUGUAGAGCAAGGAAACAGAAGUGCGAUGGCAAUAGACCCGUUUGCAGCCGUUGUCGAAGUCUUGCCCAGGCCUGCUCAUGGCCGAGAAGUCAGAAGAGAGGUCCUGCAAAGGGCUAUAUCGAGGCGCUUGAGAUUCGAUUGAAAGAGACUGAGAGAGUGCUGUGGCGGAUCCUCUCGGCUUGCCAACAAGAAAGCUUGACGGCGGCCUUCUCUCCAGAAGCACAAGACCAGAUACCGCAACUUCUCUCCGUCGGAACUUUGAGCACCACUGAGGAGAAGAAGUCCGCCAUCGCCUUCUGGGAACAGUUCCCUCUGCACACUAUUGAAGACGUGCUUGUGUGGAAGGAUCAAGUUGAGAAUCCAUGUGCAAUGGACACCACCGACAUUGGGGAGAAUCAAGACCAGCAAUCGCAUCCGACAAACACUCCCAGUGAAGCACAAGACCAGGGCACACUGUCUCCGAUGGAUGAAGACACGGAUCCGUCAUCCGUGGCAAUGAUGCAAAAUCCUCAAGACCGUGCUAGCACCUCGUCUCAUGCACCUGAAAUGGCCGAUGUUCGCAAUCAACGAUCUUCCGCCUCUGCAGCCAAUCCAGGCACCGCGGACGGCAAGUUUUCCUUCCCAAAAGAGUUCCAGGACACUUUCGUUUGGUGA